AUGAGGGACAUUCUGAGCAUCGGCGGGGAACCCGUCUUCGACGAUCGCAUCGUGAAGAUCGAGAGUCACACGUACAAUCCGUACGCCAACACCACUUUCAGAUACAGCGACGAGAUACGAAUACCCAUACAACAGCAGGACCUAUACACGCUGCCGUGCGAGAAUUUUCUCUACGUCGAAGGUAGACUGCAUGCGAAGAAUAAUCCGCCACCCGCGUCGAGUGGCGAAUCGGGUAAGCCUGCCUCGGCUUCUAAGGAGCCGUCCGUGUCCUCGACGCCGGCGUGGCUUGUGAACAAUUGCAUCGCCUUUAUGUUCGAGGAGAUACGUUACGAGCUCGAUGGCGUGGAGAUCGAUCGUAAUCGCAACGUCGGAAUAACUAGCACGAUCAAGAACUACGCCUCGCUGACGGCUGAACGAGGCAAGAUUUUGAAGAACGCCGGAUGGAAUCUCGCGACUGGACCGAGCGGCGUCGCAUCGACGGGCGACUUCAACUUCUGCGUUCCUCUCGACACGCUGCUAGGUUUUUGCGAGGAUUACAGGCGCGUCGUCAUCAACGCGCGUCACGAGCUGAUUCUGAUAAGAGCGCGAAACGACAACAAUUGUCUGAUAUCGCGCGAGGAAUUCGACGGCAGAUAUCUGAGCGCGCCCUUUCGCUCGUGGGAUCUCUACGAGUUUCCGCUCCUGCAGAGCACGACCAAACACUCGUGGGCCGUAAAAGCGGCCACGCAGCUCGAGAAACCGCGUUACGUCAUCUUCGCGUUGCAGACCGGAAGGAAGAACGUCCUGUCGCAGGACGCUUCCAGAUUCGACGUGUGCAAUCUGACCAACGUAAAGUUGUAUCUCAAUUUCGACUUCUAUCCGUACGACGAUAUGAAUUUGGACUUCGAUAAGAACAAGAUCGCCGUACUGUACGACGCCUAUGCGAGAUUUCGACGAACGUAUUACGGAUCCGCGAGCGACGAGACGCUCCUGACUAUGAACAAAUUUCUAUACUGCGGCCCGCUAGUGGUAAUAGAUUGUUCCCGCCAAAACGAAGCGAUUAAGAGCGCCACUGUGGACGUUCGUCUAGAAUUCGACUGCAAGGACAACGUUCCUUCUAACACCAUGGCGUACUGCCUAAUCAUUCACGAUCGCGUGGUGGAGUACAAUCCGCUGACGAACGUCGUGCGUAAGAUCUUGUAA